AUGGAGGAAUAUGUAGGAGAUUUAGGAAGCAUAUUUAUACCAAUUGUUGAUGACGAUGAUGCCCUGAAACUCAUAGUUUUGUCAAUUUUGAUUUGGACAGCUCCAAAAGCAAAUUGUUGGAUACUUGAAACCGUUGUAUUCUGUAUUGGAUCUGUUGGAACUACUUCAGAAAGAACCCAGCUUUCUGGCAGUGAGAUCUGGUUCCAGAAUCGUUACCUCGUCCCGCUUAAUCCUUUUGCAAAGAAGGUAACAAAGAGGGUUGAAACUGCUGAAUACCAGUGGAAGAAUUGGAACUGGAGAUCAGAGGGCGACCUGAUACUUAAUGGUGCCUAUUUUACUCCAUCUGGAGCAGGGGCCUCGACCAGCUAUACCAGUGCUUCAAGUUUAGGUGCCAAGUCGUCUUCCAUGGUCGCAUCAAUGACUUCUGGUGCUGGUGUCCUUAAUUGCUGCAGGGGCCGCACUUGUUAGCAGCUGGUGCCAAU